AUGAUCACUGAGAACGGUUCAUUUUUCAUUUUCGUUCACGCUGUAAACAACCAAAGUAUUUGUAAUGAAAUGAAGGUACUGUCGUCGGUUUUCUUCUUCAAGGACACGUUGUUCAUGGUCAUUGAUGUCGCCAGUUGCUGUGAGCUCAUCCAGAAGUUUUGCGAAGUUGCAAAUGUGGUGAAAGACUCCUUGCCUAGGCUUCUAGUUCUUAGGCAGUUGGAGGAUACAAAAAUUAUUUCGAAUCAAAACACGUUCGACGGGAAACACUGUGUCCUCGUCUCUGAACGCCGAAUGUCUGCUUUAAUUACAAACUUGAAAAUCUCGGAAAAUAUUUGUGUGCUUUCGACUUCUUUUUUAAAAUCUCAAGCGGAAUUGGAAAGAGGUUGUUGUGGCAGCUACAAGAACGAGAAUCCACACCGUGAAUGCAUGAAGAUCCGUGAAAGAUAUCUCAGAGAGCGCAGACGAGGUUUCGUCCUGUUUUUAUACUGCCUGGCGAACUACAACAUUUUUCAAAUUUCUAUUCGCUGA